AUGGACGAGAUUCGGAGUGCUGAUCCGGUGCUGGCAACAUACUUGGAGGACGCGGACGUGAGACUAUGGUCACAGGUUCAUUGUCACGGAGAUACGUACAAUUUAAAAACAAGCAACAUAGCUGAAUCUAUUAACUCCGCAUUGAAACCAGCAAGAGGAUUUUCUAUAUCAUUCCUUUUAGAGUUUAUAAGGGAGAAGCUGGGAAAGUGGUGUUGGAAAAGGAGAGAAGAUGCUUUGAGUCUCACAUCUGAGCAUAGUCGGGGAGUUGAGCACUUAUUGGCGAUUCAGUCAGAGAUAGAGGACACUAUGUCUGUACAACCAAUUGAUGGAUGA